GCCUAUCGAGCGGGCUAGCAUCACAGUCGAUGACCGCGAAAAGCAUCUUGGUGACCGCAUUGUUGGGUUUUGCUAAUAAGUCAUCGGCUAGUGCUUGUCUUCGUUUGUGCAACGAGAAAUGUUUCUUUUUGACUAGGUCACUUCGACCCAACCUGGUAGAACCGAUGGAGGUUAAUGACGAUAAUGCAGGGUUUAAGGAGAAGGCGUUGAACAAGGAGAUGCCAGAGUUCAGCAAUGAACGUAGCAUUGGUCUCAGAUUUGCAGAUAUCAACUCGGUAGAGCUUAAGUACGGAUCGCGGUGGAAGCAGUUACAUGAUAACAAAAAGAGUAAGCUGGGUGAUCUUAAUCGCGUGCUUAAAAUGGAAGAGGAGAAGUUAGAGAUUGAAAUGGAAACAGAGCUCCUGCAACAAGAUUUUGCAGAAGACGUAAGAAGACGGAGUAGGAAACGCGUGAGAACGGAGCUGUGGACAUGCGCAAACAAUUUGAAACCACCCUUUGGAUAAAUUUAUUUGAAACGCUAUCAAAUGACUAAAAAAAAUAUGAAAAUAAUUAUAU